CGCAUUCAAAUGUUCAGCACGCGCGCUCGCGAACAGUCGUCUUUACGUUUCCAUUAAGCCAUUUGUGGUUGAACAGACAAACGUGUUUCAAAUGGUGUGACUUUGAGCGAAAGAAAUUGCGAAUAAAAGAAAUCGCCACACUCAACCGCUAACAUAACAUGUAAUAAAGCAUAAGUGGCAUUUGAAACGCUGGAACAACAUAGAUCGCGCAAAACGUUGCGCAAAGUUGGCGAAAAUUUUCCUUUAAAUAUUUUGUGAAAGUCUAGUAUCAAAACAACACAAUAACAAACAAGCAUAUGCAGCUUGUGAAAGGAUUUGCAUUAAAGGAUAAUUGAAGAGAUACGGAAAAUAUUGAAAAGUAAAAUAUACAAAAAUUCCAAAAAAUUUAAAUAGUUUAUAAAAAAAAUUUGAACAUUCUAGAAAAUUUAAGUUUCAAAAAAUUUUUAAUAUUCCAAAAAAUAUUUUAAAAUUCCAAACAAUAUUUUAAAAUUCCAAAGCAUUUAAAAAAAUUCCAAAAAAAAGUUUGAAAAUUCAAAAAAAUGUUUUUCAUCUGGCGCAGUAAAAAUAAAAAUAACCAAAAAUUUAUUUAAUAAGAAGAAACGAAUAAAAAUAAUAUUUUCACAACAAAAAUUUGCAUUUAAAAUGUGCAAAAACUACUCAAUGCAAGUAAAAAACUAAAAAAUAUUAAAUAAAAAUAGUAAAAGUUUAUUCCAAAACAAUAAAAAUAACCAAAAACUUGUUAAAUACAAAAAUUCGAAUAAAAAUAUUUUUACAACAAAAACAAUUAAAUUAAAAAUAAUAAAAACUUAUUUAAAAGUAAUAAAAAAAAUAACCGAAAACUUGUUAAAUACAAAAAUUCGCAUAAAAAUAUUUUUCAUGAUAUUAGAUUGCAUUUAAAAUGCGCAAAAACUACUCAAUAUUAAAUUAAAAAUAAUAAAAAUUGAUUCCAAAAAUUUUCACUGUGAUAUUUUUCUACCAAACGGCUACACUCCACAACGUAGCUGCUAUUUAUAAUUAAAUAAAAAUAACUAUUUUUAAAUUUUAUUCAACAAAAAGUGCUUAGUUUUAACUACAAAAUGAAAGUGCCCGCGAAAGAUUCGAAAUAUUCCGUAAAUUUGAAAAUUUUCAAAUUGCACAACUACAGCAUUGCGCCGAAAAUAUGCGGCGGCAGUGAUAAGAAAUCACCGUCGCCCACAAAUGGCACAGCGCCAGCCGUGCUCACCAAACGCAACUCUUGGCGUGCUUCAUGGAAAUUUUCAGCAGCCAAACAACAGCAGAAGCAACAGCUGGCCGAUUCCACACAGCAACCAGAAUACGAAUGCGACGCUGAGUUGCCGGCUGAUAAGCGCAAUCAUUUGGAUAGCAACAAUGACUCAUCAACGGCCACCGACAAUCGUUCACAACAUUGGGCGGAUGCCUUGGAACGCGUCUCAACGUCGUCGAAUGUUGAGUGUGAAAAUGGGCGGACAGCGCAGCAGCUGAGCGGUGAACUUGAUGAAUUUAUGUCUAUGCCUUGGUUCGGCAUGGAUAUCGGCGGUACACUUACAAAGCUAGUCUACUUUGAACCAAAGGAUAUAACACCCGAUGAACAGGAUCAAGAGGCUGAAAUUCUACGAAAUAUACGUCGUUAUUUGACCAAAAAUUCCGCAUAUGGCAAAACCGGACAUCGUGAUACACAUUUACAGAUGGACAAUGUUGAGAUACGCAAACGCCGUGGCUCAUUGCAUUUCAUCCGCUUCCAAACCACUGACAUGAGCAAUUUCCUCCUGUUGGCCAAACAAAAGGGCAUGGCCGAACUGGUGACCACCGUUUGUGCAACGGGUGGUGGUGCAUUCAAAUUUGAGAAUGAAUUCCGGCAGCAAGUCAACAUGAAACUCGCCAAAUUCGAUGAACUCGACACGCUCAUCAAAGGCAUACUCUUUGCCGAGGUGCAAAAUCCCACAGAGUGCUAUUUCUAUGAGAAUGCCCGUGAUAUUAUGAAAAGUGAAAAGCGCGCUUUUGAUUUCUCCAAACCAUAUCCCUUCAUAUUGGUUAAUGUCGGCUCGGGUGUGUCGAUAUUGGCUGUAUAUGGACCAGACAACUAUAAGCGUGUCUCAGGCACAAGUUUGGGUGGUGGUACAUUCCUUGGCCUCUGUUGCUUACUAACCGGCUGCAAUUCAUUCGAGGAAGCUAUACAGCUCGCAACAAAGGGUGACAAUCGUAAAGUGGAUAAACUGGUGCGUGAUAUUUACGGCGGCGAUUAUGAUCGCUUUGGCUUAACGGGAGAUUUAGUGGCGUCAAGUUUUGGACAAAUGCACAUUAAGGAUAAACGCUCAUCCGUGUCACGUGAGGAUUUGGCCAACGCCACAUUGGUAACAAUCACCAAUAAUAUUGGUUCAAUUGCACGCAUGUGUGCGCUGAAUGAGAAAAUGGACAAGGUCGUAUUUGUGGGCAACUUUUUGCGUGUGAAUCCGAUUUCAAUGAAACUACUCGCCUACGCCAUGGAAUUCUGGUCAAAUGGCACACUCAAGGCGCUGUUCCUCGAACACGAAGGCUAUUUCGGUGCAUUAGGUUGCCUAUUGCAGUUCAAUGGUGAAAUUGCGGCUGCUUUAAAUGAGACAGCAGAAACGUCACAACAGACACAAAAAAGCGAAACAACAGCUGAUACUUUUUCAAAUACCAUAAAUUCCACAACUUCGCCACACAGUAAUAAUACCAAUAAUAGUGAUAGUUGAAGUACAGGGACUGUUGCUAAUAUGUAUUUUUUUUAGUUCGUAGCUCAAAGAAAUUUUAAUAGAAAAGAACUAAAAUUUAAUAAUACAAAAAUUACUUGAAAAUAAUAAAACGAAAGUAUGUACUAACAAAAAAAAGACAAAACAGCAAAAUCAUAAUCAAAAUAUAGUUAAUUAAUAAUACAUUUUUUAUGUGUUAGUAUAAAAAGGCAAAAGUAUGUAUGUAGUUUUUACGUAUGUAUAUGUAUGUUUAAUUAAUAAAAAAUAAAACAACAACAACAACAACAAUGAAAUAAAAUAAGUUGGUAAAGAGCAAUCAUACACGUCCAUAAACUGAAUAUUUAAUUUGUAUAUAAAUUAUAAAAAAAAUUUAGGAGCGAAGUUCAACAAUAGACGCGGGGCGUCUAUUUGAAUUAAAAA